AACCGAAAACUGACCUUUCAAACGAGCAUCAAUCUAACUGCAGUUGUUCCUUGCUGCAUGGACGAAUAUGAAGUAACGUACAAGUGACAAGAUUUUCAUAAAUGAGAAAUUUACACCUUCUGGAACCUAAAAUCUCUGAAUAAAACUUGCAGCUUUUCAAAAAAAAAAAAAAAAAAAUUAAUAAUUCAACCAUAAAAAUGCCACCAACCAGAAUACUUAGCACACAAAGCAAGCCAAGUGGAACUGCAGUACCAAUGCGAAAAGGUAUGGCGACUCGCAAUUCCACAACGAGCAAUCAAUUAACAAAACAAUCAGUAGUAAUUAGGGAAACCAGACUUAAACGAAAAGCCGAUGCUUCUCCACCCAAAGACAAAACUGUUAAGCGAUCAGCUUUAGGAAAUAUUACCAAUGUCACCAAAGCCAUUGGUAAAACAUUUACGCAAGUCAAUGACCCAAAGAAACUUGUGAAAAAAACAAUUGUUACACAAUCCAAAGCAGCAGUCACAUCAAAAGUGCAGAUAUCCUCUCAGACAAUUGGUCUUCGUUCAUUGGAUAAAAUUUUAGUGAAAAAUGACAAUAAAUUACUUGCCAAGACAAAAUUACCAGCACGAUCAACAAAAUUUGUCAAAAAGGAUGAAGAAAAAUUGGAAAUUCCCGAAGUUGCUGCUUUAAGACGCAGCGUUGACUUAGAAAAAUCCGAGGAUAAUUCUUUAUAUGUCAGCGCAUUAGAAGAAGUUGCUGAGGAAAAUUUGAAAAUGGUGACGAGGUCUAGUUUUAAAGCACAAGGAAAAGUGGAGAUUAAGGAAAAAAUUGUGGAAGUGGAACCUAUAAAAUCGGUGACACAAAAAGCUCCAGUAGAAUCACGAUUAAAUGCACCACCAGAGAGAAAGCUUCCGGAAGGUGUUGAAUGGGAUUUCGAUGGUGAAAAUUGGUUGGAUCCAUUCCAAGUUUCUCACUAUGCAAUGGAUAUAUUCAAUUAUUUAAAGGAACGAGAAAAAAUUUUCCCAAUUGGAGAUUACAUGGAGAAGCAAAUUUGUCUUUCACGAUGGAUGAGAUCAUUAUUAGUUGAUUGGAUGGUUGAGGUACAGGAAUCAUUUGAAUUAAAUCACGAGACUUUGUAUUUGGCUGUUAAAUUAGUUGAUCUUUACCUGACAAAAGUGACAGUUGGUAAAGAGACGCUACAGCUUCUUGGUGCUGCAAGUCUUUUCAUCGCGAGCAAAUUUGAUGAAAGAAUACCUCCAAUGGUGGAAGAUUUUUUGUAUAUUUGUGACGGCGCUUACACGCAAAAAGAACUUUUGAGAAUGGAAAUGAAUAUUCUUAAAAUUGUCGAUUACGAUCUUGGAAUUCCUCUCUCAUAUCGAUUUCUUCGUAGAUAUGCUCGGUGUGCAAAAGUUUCAAUGCCAACUUUAACAUUGGCUCGUUACAUCUUGGAAUAUUCUUUGAUGGACUACGCAACAAUAAUGUUUAGCGACAGCAAAAUGGCAGCUGCCGCGCUAUUCCUCGCUCUUCAAAUGAAGGAUUUGAGUGGUUGGACACCGACACUUGAAUAUUACACGGGUUAUGCUCUUUCUGAAUUAAAAGAAGUUGUUCUUGCGCUAAAUGAAGGGCUACUUAGAAAACACAAAGAAGCUCUCGCCACUGUUAGGAAUAAAUAUAGUCAUAAGAUUUUCUUCGAAGUUGCAAAGGUGCCAUUAAAGGAGGUGUUAGAUAUAUAAACAUCGCAUUGUAAGUAUUAAAAAAAAAAAACUUAGGCGGAAUGCGAAACUGAUCACAUUGAUUGGUAAAGCUUGCUCAUUAAGUUGAAAUUACGAACAAAUAAAAGAGACAAGCGAUUUGGACGAAUUAUCUACCGACGAGUGCAUACUCCUUGAUGUGAUAAACGACUAACGCUAUUGAGAAACAUAAUUUUAACGAUUAAUAAAAUAGAAAUCUAGAGAGUAUGACUGAAGCUUUGUGCAUAGUUUUGGUAAUACGGUUGACAAAGAAAAAGCGAUUUCUAUACAUUUUUUUUUUCAUUUUUUUUAUUACUAUUUAUAAAUACCAUUAACGUAAUCUUCUGCAGUCUCAGUAAUUUUAAGCUAUUUUGAUUUUUGUUAAAAAUUUAUUUUAGCGCCACGCUUUUAUUCUGAAUUAUUUGUAGGAAAUUUAUCUUUUUUUUUUUUUUUUUUUUUUUUUGUUAUUUUACACACUUUUUUUUAAUUAUAAUUAUAAUUUGUCACCGUUAUCUAUCCAUUCGCGAAUUUAUUGAAAUAUAUGCAUGAAGUGAAAUCGAGGUACUAAAUUUAUUAUUAUUGAAAUCUUUUCAAAUGAUAGUCUAUUAUUAUAAAAUAAAGAACAGUAAAAAAAAAAUGAGACAUGAAAAUUGCCGUUUUAGAUUACAAGUGUGGCGCAUUGUUAUGCAUUUUUGUUGCACUUUAUAUACAGACUGAUAACGGUGAAUAUGAAAAAAUCACGAGCAAGACGUUCUUUUUUUUUACAUGUAAUAUCUUGAGUGUAAUAUUAAUCAUUUGAUUAACUAUUCUUGAUUAGGAAAAACAAAAAUUAAGGUAGUCUAGUACCAGUUCACAUUAAAAUGUAUUCUAAUUAUUUAAUGAAAUAGACUGAUAUUUGACUGCA